UCUCCAAAGCUUCAUCUCAAUGCUAGCUGUGGCAGAUGGCAACGGAUCCCAUGGCAGCAGCUGUAGAAUGAGUAAUAAUAUCAAUUUUAAUAAAAACCCGGACUCUUCUGUCUCUAUAUCGAAGAUGGACCUGAUCAUCCCGUUCUCACCAGACGUACCCUGUGACAACAAUGGUCAGCGCAUGUGGUGGGCUUUCCUCGCCUCAUCCAUGGUGACGUUCUUCGGGGGUCUCUUCAUCAUCCUCCUGUGGAGGACCCUUAAGUACCUGUGGACAGUCUGCUGCCAUUGCAAAAUCAAAAACAAGGCACAGAAGGUGAAUAACCCUAUGAACAGUCAGGCUGAUGGCCCAACGAAGAACGAUAAAGAGGAGGCCCCAGCCAGCGAGGUGGGCUGGAUGACCUCAGUCAAAGACUGGGCGGGGGUCAUGAUCUCAGCACAGACCCUUACCGGCAGAGUUCUGGUGGUGUUGGUCUUUGCACUCAGCAUCGGAGCUCUGGGAAUAUACUUCAUAGAUUCUUCGGAUCCUAUAGAAUCUUGUCAGAAUUUCUACAAAGACUUCACGUUGCAAAUUGACAUGGCAUUCAACGUGUUCUUCUUACUCUACUUUGGCCUGCGCUUCAUAGCAGCCAAUGAUAAGCUGUGGUUCUGGUUGGAGGUGAACUCAGUGGUGGACUUCUUCACCGUACCGCCUGUGUUUGUGUCAGUGUAUUUGAACAGGAGCUGGCUGGGUCUGAGGUUUCUAAGAGCCUUGAGAUUGAUACAGUUCUCAGAAAUUUUACAGUUUUUGAAUAUCUUAAAAACAAGUAAUUCCAUCAAGCUGGUGAACCUGUGUUCCAUCUUCAUAAGCACAUGGCUCACUGCUGCAGGAUUCAUUCAUCUGGUGGAAAACUCAGGGGAUCCAUGGGAAAACUUCCAAAACUCUCAACCGCUCUCAUAUUGGGAAUGUGUGUACUUAUUAAUGGUCACUAUGUCCACGGUGGGAUAUGGAGACGUCUAUGCAAGAACCACUCUUGGACGCCUUUUCAUGGUCUUCUUCAUUCUUGGUGGCCUGGCCAUGUUUGCCAGCUACGUCCCUGAAAUCAUAGAGUUAAUAGGAAACCGCAAGAAAUAUGGUGGUUCCUAUAGUGCGGUAAAUGGCAGAAAGCACAUUGUGGUCUGUGGUCAUAUCACGCUCGAAAGUGUUUCCAACUUCCUUAAAGACUUCCUACACAAGGACAGGGAUGAUGUCAAUGUAGAAAUUGUUUUUCUUCAUAAUAUUUCCCCUAAUCUUGAGCUGGAAGCCUUGUUCAAACGUCACUUCACUCAGGUGGAAUUCUAUCAAGGAUCGGUCCUCAACCCACAUGAUCUAGCAAGAGUGAAGAUCGAGUCAGCGGAUGCCUGCUUGAUUCUUGCAAACAAAUACUGUGCAGACCCCGAUGCUGAAGAUGCCUCUAAUAUCAUGAGAGUAAUAUCUAUAAAGAACUACCAUCCAAAGAUCAGAAUAAUCACUCAAAUGUUGCAGUACCACAACAAGGCCCAUCUGCUAAACAUUCCCAGCUGGAACUGGAAGGAGGGUGAUGAUGCGAUCUGCCUGGCCGAGCUGAAGGCAGGCUUCAUAGCCCAGAGCUGCCUGGCACAGGGCCUGUCCACCAUGCUCGCCAACCUUUUCUCCAUGAGGUCAUACAUCAAGAUUGAGGAGGACACAUGGCAGAAGUAUUAUCUGGAGGGAGUGGCCAAUGAAAUGUACACUGAGUACCUGUCCAGUGCCUUUGUGGGGCUUUCAUUUCCUACAGUUUGUGAGCUGUGCUAUGUGAAGCUCAAGUUGUUGUUGAUCGCUAUUGAGUACAAGUCAGAGCAGAGGGAAAGCAGAAGCAGAAAGCGUAUUCUGAUCAACCCGGGAAAUCACGUUAAGAUGCAGGAGGGGACUUUGGGAUUCUUUAUCGCUAGUGAUGCCAAAGAGGUGAAAAGAGCAUUUUUCUACUGCAAAGCAUGUCAUGAUGACAUCACAGAUCCCAAAAGGAUUAAAAAGUGUGGCUGCAAGAGAAUGACAUAUUCCAAGAUGUCCGUCUACAAGCGAAUGAAACUGGCAUGUUGUUUUGAUUGCGGGCGCUCUCAGCACGACUGCUCGUGCAUGUCAGGCAGUGUACAUAGUAACAUGGACAGUCUUCAGAGGGCCUUCCCACUUUCUUCUGUCUCUGUUCAUGAUUGCUCAACCAGUUUACGUGCCUCCAAAUACAAGUUUAACGGAUAUGUCAGAUCACUCGAAGAUGAGCAUCCGUCAACACUGUCACCCAAAAAGAAGCAACGCAACGGAGGCAUGCGGAAUUCACCCAACUGCUCACCCAAAAUGAUGAGACAUGACCCUCUGCUCAUUCCGGGAAAUGAGCAGAUUGAGAACAUGGAUGCUAAUGUGAAAAGAUACGACUCUACUGGAAUGUUUCACUGGUGUCCAUCCAAAGAAAUUGAGAAGGUCAUUCUGACACGCAGCGAGGCCUCCAUGACGGUUUUAAGUGGACAUGUAGUAGUCUGUAUAUUUGGAGAUGUCACGUCAGCUUUAGUGGGGCUUCGAAACUUGGUGAUGCCUUUGAGAGCAAGCAACUUCCAUUACCACGAGCUAAAGCCCAUCGUAUUUGUGGGCUCAUUAGAUUAUCUGAGAAGAGAGUGGGAAACCCUUCACAACUUCCCCAAAGUCUCCAUCUUACCUGGUACACCAUUAAGUCGAGCUGAUUUAAGGGCCGUCAACAUCAACCUCUGUGACAUGUGCGUUAUCCUGUCAGCCAAUCAGAACAAUAUCGACGAUGCUUCACUGCAGGACAAGGAAUGCAUCUUGGCAACUCUUAACAUCAAAUCUAUGCAGUUUGAUGACAGCAUUGGGGUCUUGCAGGCUAAUUCCCAAGGUUUCACACCUCCGGGGAUGGAUAGGUCAUCUCCAGAUAACAGUCCAGUGCAUGGCUUAGUGCGGCAGGCAUCCAUCACCACGGGAUCAAACAUCCCGAUCAUAACUGAACUUGCUAAGCCUGGCAAACUACUGCCUUUGGUUUCAUUCAGUCAGGAAAAAAACAGUGGAACCAACAUACAAAUGAUAACAGAACUGGUGAAUGACUCCAACGUUCAGUUUUUGGACCAAGACGAUGAUGACGACCCAGAUACGGAGCUGUAUCUGACCCAGCCGUUUGCCUGCGGUACCGCGUUUGCCAUCAGCGUGUUGGACUCCCUGAUGAGUGCGACAUACUUCAAUGAUAAUAUCCUCACCCUGAUCCGGACGCUGGUCACAGGAGGCGCCACUCCGGAGCUGGAGGCCCUGCUGGCUGAGGAGAACGCGCUGAGAGGUGGCUACAGCACGCCGCAGACGCUGGCUAACAGGGACAGGUGUCGGGUCGCCCAGCUGGCCCUCUACGAUGGGCCCUUCGCAGACUUGGGGGAUGGUGGUUGCUACGGAGACUUAUUUUGUAAAGCAUUAAAAACAUACAACAUGCUGUGCUUUGGAAUCUAUAGAUUGCGAGAUGCACAUUUAAGUACACCAGGCCAGUGCACAAAAAGGUAUGUCAUCACAAACCCACCUUAUGAGUUUGAACUGGUGCCCACGGACCUGAUCUUCUGUCUGAUGCAGUUUGACCACAAUGCGGGCCAGUCCCGAGCGAGCCUGUCCCACUCCUCCCAUUCCUCUCAUUCAUCCAGCAAGAAGAGCUCGUCUGUUCACUCCAUCCCCGCCACGAACCGGCAGAACCGCAGCAGCAAAGCACGUGAAGCCCGUGACAAACAGAAUGCAACAAGGAUGAAUAGAAUGGGCCCAGAAAAGAGAUGGUUUACAGAUGAAGCAGAAAACGCAUACCCAAAGAACAUUCAAAUCAAGCCCAUGAGCACUCACAUGGCCAACCAAGUCAAUCAGUACAAAUCCACUAGCAGUCUGAUUCCACCUAUCCGAGAAGUCGAAGAUGAAUGCUGAACGAAUCCCCGGCCUUUACCGUUAUGGAGGGACGUGGGUCAUCCUGCUGUAAAAGAUGAGCACUAAUCGCGAAACCAUGACUGAGAUGAUGGCGACACAUUGUUCUUCCUUUGUUCAACUCGAGGGUUUGAAGCGAUUGAGAACUGGAAGGGACUUCCUAUGUCUAUACCUUUAAUGUUACUUCCAUACAUUUAUAUAUGUAUACAUAGUGAUGUACAUAAUGACAAUCAAGUAAGGAUUGUACAGCCCCUAACACUUUUUUAAAUUGUUAACGGCAAACAAAAA